AUGCAUCAGGUGCUAGCCACUGCUUCACCAUCACCACAGCUAUAUAACCCACGGCACCACGGAACCGCCUUUAUAAAGACAGGCUCUGCGCUUGGCGUUCUUCUUCGAUCCAGUUCAAACCGAGCGACACCGAUCAACUUGGGCAUGGCUGGAGGAGCUGCGAUGGGGCCGGGAGGGCUGUGGAGGAGGUACGCGCCGCACAACAUGAUGAUCAUGGUGCAGCUGUGCUACACCUUGAUGUACUUCGUCACCGAGGCCGCCUUCAACCGGGGGCUCAACCCCUACGUCUACGUCACCUACCGCCACCUCCUCGUCGCCGUCCUCCUCUGGCCCUUCGCCUACUACCACGAGAAGAAGUUGAGGCCCAAGAUGACAUGGAUGCUGUUCCUGGAGAUCUUCGUGCUCUCACUUCUAGGGGUGAGCUUGACCCUGAACAUGUACUUCGCGAGCCUCAAGUACACGUCCCCGACCUUCGUCACCUCCAUGGUCAACACCGUGGCCUCCAUCACCUUCGUCAUCGCCAUCGCGCUCCGGAUGGAGAUCGUGGACCUGCGGAGCGCGCGGGGCCUCGCCAAGGUGGCCGGCACGGCGGUGUCCUUCGCGGGGGUCACCACCAUGACGCUGUACAAGGGGACGGCGAUCGCGAGUCCCUGGAGGGCGCCGGUGCACAUCCCCCGCGGCGGCGACGCCCCGCACGACGCCUGGCUCAAGGGGUCCCUCCUCGCCGUGGCCAGCUGCGUUUGCUGGUCCGUCUGGUACAUCAUGCAGGCGACGUCCGUGAAGCGGUACCCGGCGGAGCUGUCGCUGACGGCGUGGAUGGCCACCGUGGGCGGGGUCCAGUCGGCGGCCUUCACCCUGCUGCUGCAGCACGAGAGGCAGGACUGGCUCAUCGGCUUCGGCCUCAAGUUCUGGUGCAUCAUCUACUCCGUACGCGCCUGCCCUUGUCUUCUCCCCCGUCCUCCAUGCACGUCACCACCAUGUGGCCAGCCAGUGCUCAUGAACUGCAUGCGUGCACGAACGUUGUGUUUCAGGGGCUCGCGUGCAGCGGGUUCACGGUGUUCGCGCAGCUGUGGUGCACGGAGAAGAAGGGGCCGGUGUUCGUCACCAUGUUCAACCCGGUGUCCACCAUCAUGGUGGCCAUCCUCGCCUACUUCAUCUUCGGCGAGAACCUAUACGUCGGAAGGUAUGUACUCCUACGUAGUAGUACAUGCGUGUGGUGCAUGCCCGCUGUUGCUCAACUAA